AGUUGUUUGUUCUUUUUUCCUUUCUUAUAGUUCCACCCUCCUUAACGUAUGUCGUUUUGGACACCUGGCAACGAUCUGGAUUCCAAGAGUUCAUUACCUCGGUCAAACGAGACUCCUCUUGCUGAUCGAAGCUACUUGCCCGAUGUCGAGGAAUCUUUUGAUCACCAAGCGUUGCUUCUUGGCACUGCCGACGAAGGCAUCGAAGCCGACGACGACAACGGCAUUCUAGACGAGGAUGAUUUUCUACUAUCAGAUAGAGGACCUAGAUACCAGCGUGGGCUGUUGUCUCCCAGUGCACCACCAGCAGCAAUUCACACUACUAUUACUUCUUCUACCACUACCACCACACAACCCCAAUCCUCCUCCAUACCACCACCACCACCACCACAGUACCAGGCACCUUUUGAAACGUAUGCACAAGACGACAGAAUACUAUCUCGGGAUUGUAAAGUGAAUGCGUUCACCCAAGAGUUAUACGCCUUCUUACAACAGCGUAAUACCGCUCCACCAAAAGUUCUAGUACGCAUCAAGGGAAUAAGCAACGCGUACGAGCAAUAUCGGCGCACAUAUGAUUCAAGUGGCCGGCAGUUGACUGUAGAGCCUGUGAAUACAAAACCAGGCUCGAGACUUAUGCAUGUGGACUUUGACUACCGCAUUGAUUGCAGGAAUUGGGUGUCCCCUGUAUCGGAUGGGUUCCUUGUAUUGCCAGACCGGAAAACCGGCAGAGUCAAGACUGUCCCAGAGCUAUGUGAAGAAUAUGUACGAGACACCCAUCGCUUGAAAGAACUGCAGCUUACAAAAGUCCUUGAGUGGGACGAAGACCUGCUGAUUCGAUUACUGACAGCUGGUAUACGAGCUCACGGUUACUCGAACGAUCUGCAAAUCACCGUUGAAAAAAGAGAAGCCAAAGUGACGGUCAAGCCCGGAUCAUGGAUUGCUCGAGUCGUUGACAACGUUUUCGUCCAUUGGUUCUGCUAUAUCACAUUUCUGUUUAUACUCACUUGGCCUUUGCUACUUGUGUGGAGGAAAAGGAUUGGACACAAGACCCUGCAGAGCAAGUGGAAAAUGACAGUUACGGAAAAACAGUGGUGUGCGCAACACAUGCCAGAAAUAUUGGGACAGAUUCCGCCAGCACAAUGCAACCCAAUAACAAUUACCGUGCAUCAAUAAACAAUACAAUUACAAUUGAUAUGCACCGAAGAGAGAUAGAGAUUAAGAUAUUUAUACGUUUAUAUAAGAAACUCAGAAUAGUAACCAAUUUCUGUGGGUGUUAGCUAUUAUGACGAAUACAGGGAGAAUAGAGAGAGAGAGAGAGAGGGUGUGCAGAAUCCAGAUGCAAGCGAAGAGGAAGAGAAAUAUAAGUGUUUUGUACGGGGUAGAUAGAGAAGAGGGGGUGGUGGAGGAAAGAAGAGG